AUAUACUGGGAAUAUACAUAUCUGCUUAUCUGCUCCAUGGAGUUUCUUAUUGUCAUAGCGGAUUUCUUUUAUAAGCUCCAAAAAACAAAAGUUCCUAGUGUCAGAAAACUGCAAACUCAUACACUACCAAGUCCUCUUGCUACCACAUCUUUAAUAACAGAUUCGGCAUGCCAGGCCACCGUUCUCAUCACCAUCAUCCCCCUCACCACAGAUCCGAACUCAAACAUCGAUCCCCUCCAAGCUUGCCCGUGUCUUCGCCUCCACAAGCGGAAGUUCGUUGUCUAACUAUUCGCUACGCGUCUUUAGACCACAGGAGCUAUCAUAAAGACUAUAAUCUGCCUUAUGUUCGCCGCUUUCAUCAUUCGAAUCGAGGCAUGGUGACAGAUCUUCCGACUAGCGGGGUAGUCGGUAGAAACAAUUUGCAGAGUUUAGUGCAGGAUAAAUUGACGACGUUGAUGAACAGAGAGUUUGCGAAUUGGAAGUUCAUCGGUGCUGAGAGAUCACAGGCUGGUCCGCCGAGCAAUAGUACACCAUGGGGAUAUAGUGAGAGGAAAGUGAAUGUUUAUAUUGAGAGACGGCAGUGAGGGGAACGAAGAAGUGUCUUUUGAGGCUUUCUACUUGUGUGGAUUUUCGAGACGGGGGGUUCUCGUGGUAGAUUACUAUUGAUUCUGAAGGCGCAGAAAGGAACGGACACGUUGAUGGAUGAUUUAUGAUUUUCUUUUCUGUCUGGCUUUUGGUGUUGAUAUUUGAUAUUAGCUCGGCAUGGGAUUUGGUUUGGAUGAUUUUGUUGUGCAGCGAGGGUUUGAGCCUGCGAUCGUAGUAGAUCUCUUAUAUCUUCUCUUCUCUUUUCUUCUAUCAUCAGUUCAUGUUAAUUGAUUUUGUUAAUUUGAUCUGGUUGAUGAGUUAGCAUUGCAACUAGGCAGAGUUGAUGGGUUUUAUACACUUCACUUCUAUUGGCUGCAGUAGCUAACAAUACCUAUUCAUCAUUUCCAUCAUUAUCAUAUAUGGCCAUGUUGAACCUACUUCCAUCC